AUGAACUCUCGCGAGCAAUCUGACAUGCCUCCGGCGCCCUCUUACCCAUCGCCCAAUGGUGCGCAGAUGGCCCAGGGCGCCAUGCCAUAUUAUGGGAACCGCCAAAUGACCACCGACGAAUUGCUUUCCGCGGAACUGUCGCGCGAGGCCUCCGGUCCUGGCCUUGGAGAGUCGAACAAUGGCGUUCACCAUGGCCAGUCCAUGGUGCUUGGUUCCUCUAAUGCCGGCGAUAUGGGCCGUAACUCGUCGGAGGAUCAACACCAGCACCAGCAUAUGCUCCAAUUCCCUCCGAGUCAACAGGUUGGCGUAGACCCGAACCACGACCUAAGCUAUGGCGAGCAGAGUGCGCGGAAGCGAUCCAAGAUCUCACGAGCGUGUGACGAAUGUCGGCGCAAAAAGGUUCGAUGCGACGCGAGCUCGGAAACUGGUCUCGAGACAUGCUCCAACUGUCGGCGUCUAGGCGUUGUAUGUCAAUUCAGUCGCGUCCCGAUGAAGCGUGGUCCUAGUAAAGGUUAUAUCAAGGAACUUGCUGAGCGCCUCCAUACCUUGGAGAACCAGAUGCAACCUGGAAUCGUCCAACCCGAUGUGCCAUACCAGUCUAUGAACGAAGUGUCGCUACCAAGAGGAUACCAGGAUUUCGCAUCCCCCGUGGAAUCAACCUCGGGUAAUCGCAAGAGAACCUACUCUGUCUUCGAAGGUCUGCCCAGCUCCUCGUUCGCGCAGCCGUCUUUCAAUGCCCGCGUCUCGCAAAAUGCUUUCGAUACCUCUGAAACAACUGCAGACCCAUACAAUCCAACGGUUGCCAAUGGAAGCGCACCGAAACCAGGCAAUCUUUUCUGGAACCCGACUGGCCACGAGAACGACCUCCCAAGCGGGCUUGAGAUGACCGACUUGCCUAAGCAUGAAGGCGAUGAUGACAUGAGCCCGGUGACUCUCGAUGAAGGUGCUCUUGAUGCGUACUACCAAAAGAUCCAUACUCUUCUGCCAAUUCUUCCCCAUACCAAGGACCGCACAUUGGAGCUUCUGCACCAAUGCAAUCGAGAGGCGCAGGAAAUUUUCUGCUAUGCCUUGUAUAGCGCAACCCGCACUGACUUGACUCGUGUUGCUGGUAAUUUCGAGAAAAUCAAUGGUUUCGAUAACGCGCAGGAUCUUCUCCUCUUCCACACCCGCCAGCCAUUGAUGGUCCAGUCGACCCCUGUCAACCUUGUCUGGCUACAAUCCUUGCUGCUCAUGAUCAUUGACAGUGACACCCGUGGACCAGACAACUUUGUCUUGAAAGAUGGUGUGCCCAAGGGUAGCCUUGUGCAGGCAGCUAACAAGCUUGGCUACGAUCUGGCGAAAAGCCAGGGUCAACUGAAGAACAAGCGUUCUUCGGAUUCUGAUGUUGACUCGGAUGCCAACCUCACCCGACGCAACUGGGUUUCCCUGGUUAUUCUGGCACGCUGGUAUGCUAUCAGUGUUGCGGAUGUGACUGUUUUGGGUGGCCACGAGAUUGGCGGCCGGGAGGAUGAAAAGGUCGUCGGUCAGAUUACAAGUGGAAUCGCCUCAUAUUCGACCUUCCUCUCGGAAAUGGUAACCCUGGCCAACGUCGAUCAUAAUGUCUGCCAAACAAACACAGGCCUAGGCCGCAUCGUCGGCGCAAAUCUUGUCUCCUCUCUAGAACGCCUAGCCGAAAUGGAAGAUGUAUUCCAAGUACACGAACUCCCCGAAAACGCCACAACGCGCCCCCUAUAUGAAAGCCUCCAAACCCAGCUCUACUGGACAGUCCGCCUCCUAAUCAAACGUCACGUCUACGUCUACAGCCCCUACGAAAUCAUCUUCUGCGCCCAGGAAGUCAUCACCGAAAUGCACAAGGCAACCAUGCAAAACAGACUCCCCUCCCCCUUCGACCUGCACAGUCUAGCCCUAGCCUCAAUGACCCUCCUCGAAGCAACCGUUCUCCCAGAACACGCAUCAGAGUGCUGGGCUUCCCUAGACAAACUGGAAGAAAUCCUCGAACGCCGCGCUAAGCGGAACGCCGACCCCUCGGAGUUCGCUAACAUCUUCGCGACUCCAGAGUGGGAUUCCAAGAUCCGCAUUUUCCUUGAGUGGCGCCGUAUCAAGUCCCAGGAGAGCCAGCUCCAGGAAGCGGAUCUCGGCCUUGGUGCUGGCACUGGCACCAAGGGCGGCCAGCCGCCUAUGGGGCCAAAUGAACAGCGCUCGCUUCAGCACCUGGCUGAUUUGGCGGUUGGUGCCGAGGGCUCUGUUGGUAAUGGGCCUUCGACACCUCCGCCUGGUCUCCAUGAACAUGGUGAACCUUCGCCUAACCUGAACCCCCAGCUGGCGCAGUCGCAGGCUGGGUCUGGGCGGGUUAUCGUUGACUUUACUAUGUUGACCAAGGAGGGCUAUCUUAAUGUCUUUUCUGGGUUGAUCUAUCGUCGCACUCGUUGA